AUGAGUAAUUUAUCACAAAAAUUAAGCAAUAGAAAACUGAUAGUCGAUGGAUUAGCAGUGUUAUUUGGUAUUGGAGCAUGGAUUGGAAUCAAUGGUAUUUAUGUUCAAUUACCUCUUUUCGUCCUAUCAGCACCUGAGCAAUGGGAACUGCCAACGUACAUGGUCAUGUUGGUUCAAUUAGCUAAUUUGGGACCAAUACUUUACACAUUAUAUGCCAAAUAUUCAUCAUGGUCUCGUGAUCAUUACAUAAUAUAUGGUCUAAUCGGCACAGGAACUAUAGCAAUAUACACCAUGUCGCUGACGUACAAAAACACAUCGACGAUCCUUGGUAAUGAUCACUCGACAGCCCUACUAGGUCUAAUGUUCCUUACAGCAGUUGUAGGAUGCACCAGCUCGGUACUAUUCAUACCAUACAUGAGAAACUACCGUGAGAUAUACCUGGUGUCUUAUCUGGUAGGUGAAGGCCUGAGUGGAUUCUUGCCCAGCGUAUUAGCGCUGAUUCAAGGAGUAGGUGGUAAUUCAGAGUGUAAAUACGUGAUAAAGCCAGGAAAUGUAAACGCAACGUUGGAAGAAGUCCAUCCGGAGCCAAGAUUUUCGACAGAAGUAUUUUUCGUGAUACUUGGUACGAUAUUAUUAUUAAGUUUCUUGUCAUUCGUAGGAUUGAACAAGCUUCCUAUCGCCCUUGGCGAGCGUUCUAAGCCGCCAGGAUGUACGGAGACACUGCCAACAGAGACAAACGCCCCGCCGAGCUACAAAACAACUGCGGGGUGGUGUAUGUCUAAACAAAUGUACAUAUAUUUAUUAUCAAUUAUGGGAGUCGUUUGCUUCUUAGACCACAGUAUCUUACCGAGCAUACAAUCUUACGCGUGCUUGCCGUAUGGUAACGUCGCUUAUCACUUAACGGUGACUCUAUCGUCAAUGGCAAGCCCACUUUCAAUGUGUCUAGGAUUUAUUUGGACACCACCAAAAUCCGAUGACUUUAGACAUCAUCAAAAUCUGAGACUUUUUACGAUACUUACUGGUAUUAUUGUGGUACUCUCUAGUUUCGUGAUGUACUUAGCUGUCGAAUCACCAACCCCGCCACUUCAAGGCAUGUGGACAGGUGAAAUGUUGGUUGUUGUUUUGUGGAUUGUACUUAAAGGACUACUAGGUUUUGUAAAAAUGGGUAUCACAACGCUGUUCAGUGGGGAUCCAGGUCGUGGUCUCUAUUACACAGGCGUCGCUACACAAGUUGGAUCUCUGAUAGGCGCAGCAAUUAUAUUUACGCUAAUUAAAUACGGUGGAAUAUUCCAAACCUAUUCACCUUGUGCAGCUUUGGCUGCUCACUGA